GGGCGCAAGUUAGCAGCAGUGCGGCUCGCGAUCACUAGCCACCAGUGCCAACUACGACCACAGAGCUCAACCGUUUACUUUUUAAAUUUGUUUUUAUUUCCAUGCUAAGCUACUGUGUUUGAACCCAGAAACAGUUCCCUUGUCUGCCGGACACUGGACCUUUCUCCGAAGCAGAAGGCAGGCGGUUAUUUAUUUUGAAAGUUGGAUUACAGCGGAUCACUUGGACUGAGAGGGAAUAGCCUCCUGUCUGCCAGAUGCUUCCCAGAAGAUGAGCAGCAGCGAAGUGGAAAUCAGCGGAAUCCCGUGCUGUCAACGGACUUUACCGAGCACUAAGUCUGGUUAAUCAUUGCUCCUAUUUGGUGCUAAGUUGCAGAAAGUGGUGCAGGCCCACCGGUGUGUUAGAAAAUGUGUUUGUGGGAAGCCGUAUAAUCAGGAGCAUGUGCUCACCCACAUGCGUGUCAGCCUCUCUACUGUAUCCGGACACAUGCUUAAAUGUCAUGCACUCACAGAAUGAUGCCUAAAAACUUUCUCUGGCUGUGUGGCGAGCGUAAAUAAGCCCCCUUAUGAAGUGAAAACCCUUCCCCCUCCUGCAGUAUCCCAUCUCAGCACCAACCGCAGGAAUAAGGGAUGUCACGGCUGUUUGUCUUUUCAGCAAUGCUGAUUGUCUCCUGCAGCAUUGAGGUGUCUCCUGCUGUUUCUCUGGAUAAGUUGAAGGAGAGUUGGAAACUAUACAUGGAGGAGUGUGUUCGCAACAACAGCCGAGACCCUCCAAGCAACGGCCUCGUGUGCAACAGGGAGUUUGACAAUUACGCCUGUUGGCCAGAUGGACUUCCCAACACCACCGUCAGUGUGUCGUGUCCGUGGUAUCUGCCGUGGCACCAUAAAGUUCAACGUGGCAUGGUGUAUCAGGCAUGUGAUGUAAACGGCCAGUGGGUAACUAUAAAGAAUACCAGUGAGUGUGACUCAAAUGAUCCAAGUCUGCAGUACUAUGGCCAUAUUCGGAUUAUGUACACAGUGGGCUAUUCCUUAUCACUGGUGGCUUUGGUGUUGGCACUUGGCAUCCUUAUAUUCUUCAGGAAACUGCACUGCAUGAGGAACAACAUCCACAUGAAUCUGUUUGCCUCGUUCAUCCUGCGAGCGCUGUCUAUCCUCAUCAAAGAUGCUCUGUUGGAGGCCAACAUCCCAUCGCAGGACCUCAGCAGUGACAAGGAGCAGGGAUUCCCCCAGGCAUCGAUGCCUCCAGUGGAGCUGCUGGUCAACAAUGAGACAGUGGUUAGCUGUCGUAUCGCCAUGGUGAUGAUGCAGUACAGUAUCAUGGCCAACAGCUACUGGCUGCUGGUGGAAGGCAUCUACCUCCACAACCUCCUGGUCAUCACCGUGUUUACAGAGAGGAACUACUUCAAAAUCUACCUGUGCAUUGGCUGGGGUACCCCGUUAAUUUUCCUCGUGCCCUGGGUGAUAGCUAAAUACCUAUACGAAAACCAAGAGUGCUGGGGACAAAAUAUAAACAUGAAUUACUGGUGGAUCAUCCGCUCCCCGAUUCUGGUGGCAGUUGUGAUCAACUUCCUUAUCUUUAUCCAUAUCAUUAAAAUACUUGUGUCAAAACUUCGAGCGCACCAAAUGAGAUACACAGAUUACAAAUUCAGGUUGGCUAAGUCAACUCUAACCCUGAUCCCUCUGCUGGGCAUCCAUCCGGUGAUCUUUAUCUUUGUCACAGACGAAUCCACAAAGGCCACCAUUGGAUUGCGUCUCACCAAGCUGUUCUGCGACCUCUUCUUUUCCUCCUUCCAGGGUCUCUUGGUGGCCAUCUUGUACUGCUUUGUCAACAAAGAAGUGCAGUCAGAGAUCCUGAAAAAGUGGAAGCGCUGGAAGCUAGGGAGGAACAUUGAGGAGGAAUACCGCCACACCUACAGCAAUACCCCCAACACGAAAACAGCUAGCCUGUUGAACCAUGUCUCUCGACUGCCUCAUCUCCCGGACAUCGCCAAAACCUCUACCCCGGUCUGUAGCCCUGAGGAGACGCACAUGCUUGUGGCUGGAUGCCACAACGGUAUGGUCCACAGUAAGGGGGCAGGCCAGUGUGGCUCUCCACUUCACGAGGUAACCAUCAGCAACUGCCCCCUACUGGAAGAUAUCAACCUUAAAGGCAAGGUGCAGUGUUACGAGGGUCAGAGAGAGAACGUGGAGAGUCACCUGUGAAAGAAGUUAGGAACAAGAACUUGAGAAAGAAACUUGGAGGGUGUUGAGCUCUCAUCUGGCUCUGACAUACUGCCCUGGGUGGCUGUGAAGAGCUGAGCGCUCUUUGCCUAGAAAUUGGUGUCACUGGGAGACCGAGCGGUUCUAAGCCAGAGGACAGAGAAUAAUAUGGCAGACUCCCACACUGAGAUGUCUAACGUGCUGCAAGCAUCGUAAAUGGAUUUCUGUAGAUGUUUGUUGGACAGUGAAUUCCACUGCUGCAUGUUGAACAAUAGAACAAUGGCAUCUCAAGGCAGAUAAAUCAUGUAAAAUGAUAAGAAAAAAACCCUGAAACCUCAAAUAGCAAACACAGUAACAAAACAAGAAAAAACAACAACAAAAAGAAAGCCUCUGCUCCAAUUUUGUGCUGUGUAUCAAAUGUGUGUUUUAUGGUACUGGAGGUCAAAGGCAAACUGGACAUUGAACUGCAUACACAAAAAAGACCAAACAAGUGACUCAAAACAAGAUGGUAGGGAACAGAGGUUUUUUUUCUUGUUUUUUUUUGCUUUGCUCUGAUAUUGGUAAAUGGUUUCUUGUCUAUACUGGCUUUGCUGAAAAUGUACAGAAAAAGAAGAAAUAUUCUGCUGGCUGCACCUUAUACAGUAAUGUGACUACCGUGUUGUUCAAGUGGCCUCAUCCAGGGGACAUUGGAAAUGUGCAGCUGCUCACACCAGGUCAUUCCUGGCGUACAUGUAGACAUUACGGUAAAAAAGGUCAAGAGAUGGUAUGGGGUGGUUUUAAAAAUAAGCUAAAAUUAUCAUCGCUUGACUAGGUGUUUUGAAAUAAAAGUCUUUUUUAUAUACAUCCAUAAGUCUAAACCUUCGAUACUGCAGAGUGCUUUGUUUGUAACUGUGUAAAUGUGCCAGGUGUAUUUUCAAGAGGAAUAGUUGCAAUUCUGUGCCAUUAAAUGUUUUCUUUUCCCUUUGUCAUCAAGAUGUUGUCUGACUCACAUGUGCUGGUGUACUAUAUGAAAUUCUGCCGAGCAGCCCACUCAACCCCCUGAGAGGAAAGCUGAUUGGGGAAACUGUGCACUCAAAUGAAGGACAAAAAUACACAGCAUGUAGACAUGACCUGUAAAGUUGUUUUGGAGGAACAUGUGUACGUUCAAAACUUGUUUUAGGCAUGCAACAGAAACUCAGAUUGGACAGAUAGUCUAGCUAGCUGUCUGGAUUUACCUUGCAGAGAUCUGAGGAGCAUUUUACCAUAGUCACAUACAAUCCACUGGAUUUUAGAAUGCCAACACAAAGAAAGCUAAAGGUGAUGGACAUCUGGCUGAAAAAAAGGGACAUCUGGCAGAAUGUCCAGCAGCACCUGGACAAUCCUGGAAAAACAUAACUUGUUGAUAUAAACUGCUUUACAGACAGUGUUUAAUAUUCAGCCUCAUCCUGUGUGUCCAGGGGCUGUGAACACUAAGAACAAAACUCUGCACCGUAAAAGUAGAACAAAAACUUUUAAGCAUUCUAGUAACAAAGAAACCUAAAUUAGCAUCGGUACAUCUGCUUCUGACUACAUUGUAUUUACUUUUUUUUUUUUUUAAAGAAAGCCUGCUGCUGUGGGUCAGUUCCUCUUUGAAUUGCUAAAACUUUUGCCAGAACUAACUCAAGUUGACUUUGUAUGUAUGGCUAUUUGCACAAUGUUAAUUUAUAAUUGUUAAAUACUGUGUUUCUCUAUGUGUGUUAAUACAGGGGAUUUAUUUGAUUGCUUUAAAAAUACGGUAUUUCUUGGCAUGUAUGUGAAUGUAAGUGUGUGUGUAUAUUUUUAGAUGGGUGUGAAUGUGUGUAGUUUUAGUAUAUCUCAUUGUGGAGUAAAAUUAACCAUAGGCUGCAGCCGGAUAAGAGACAGGUUGAUCUAAACAUGUACAACUCACUUCACACAGAGCAGAAGUCGUUGGAACUUUCACUCUAGCAUAAAUUCCCAGAUGUCAUGCCUAUAUAAGGCAUAAGGAAGACACAGCUCUGUUUUAUUGUGGAAGCUACUCUCAGUGUGAUUCCACUGCCUCAUGUUGUAGUUCAGAGCUAAAUUAGAGCACAGCAGCAUGUUUGUUGUGAAGAUAAUAGCUCUGUGUAUUUACACUUCAGCCAGGUGCUGGUGUUGAGUCGUGAAUAAAAUAGCAGGCUGAGGCUUUAUUUUAACAGCGUCUGCUGAGGAUUGUAAUAGGGCAGGUAGAUACCAAAUACUCAGAAUUAAGCUGGGAGCAUGACGCAUACACUGCACUGCUUGCCCACAGGUGAAAUACCAUUUUCUUGUUUUCCAGAACCAAAUGUUUGGAUACUGACACAGUAACAAAGGAAUGUUGUCAGUAAAAUAGUAUUCACUAGGGUAUAUAAAGUAUGGUCAAAGAAUUGUGUUUCAAACUAAUAUGUAUUUUAAGCUGUGACCAAACUUUUUUGAAGCCAGCAACUUGGGUCACUCCCCUUUCUGGACCAACGUGUCUGUCUGAAUGUAUUCUAUGAGGGGCCCAAAUGCUCCUUUUGAUCUUCUCUUUAAGGUGGGUAUGUACAGUAUUUUUGCUGUGAGGAACCAAUCAGUAAAAGCUGACUGGGUUCCAGGUGUAUACAUUUUAUCAUAUUGUGUCCGGUUAUAAAAGUUUGUCCAAAUGGUGAAAGAAUAAAAUAACAGUGUACGUGAAAGA